UAUUUGUAUGCGUUCGUAUUCGUGUCUGAUGGAGAGAGAUAAAUGCUUGAUGUCGAUGAAGUUCCGACCGGUGGUGACGAGACAAUCCUCGAACGCGGCUUUACUCUGGCCAUUUGGGGAAGAGUAUGGCGGUGGAGGUGGUUGCAUGUGGCCGCCUAGGUCUUACACGUGCAGCUUUUGCGGGAGAGAGUUCAAGUCGGCACAAGCACUAGGCGGUCAUAUGAACGUUCAUCGAAGAGACCGAGCUCGUCUUAAACAACAAUCAUUAUCAUCUUCAUCAACUGACCAAGCCACGCCUCUUGAUUAUGAUCAUCAUCAACAAGUACAAAAACAACCCGAAGUUCUUGACGUGGGACCGAAGUUUCCCGUCCAAGAAGAUUCAAGAAAGCCAAAUGGAAGUAAGAGAGAGAUAAGUGAUGUUUUAGAAAGUUCUAUGAAAAGAUUUGAGCAUUACAAUGAUGAAGUCAAGACUGAUUUAUCUAUCGGUCUAGUGAGUUCUGAGUUCGAUCCUCGGAGGAAGCAACUAAUCAACGGGGUUUUGGCGUCCAAGAAAGCAAAGACUGAUGUUUCAAGAUUGCCGAUGAUGGUAGGGUUGGUCAUCGGAGUAUCCAAGAUCAACGGUCAUCACGAGGAGUUGGAUCUUGAGCUAAGGCUAGGAGCUGAUCCACCAAAGGUUAACUAGCCUAAGUGGUAAUAAUGAUA